CUGGUUUACCUCUUUUUAAAAAAAAUAUCUCCUUGUUUUCUAAUUGAUGGAGGAAUGGAUUCGAAACACUAAUAUCAAUAGUGAUCGGUUUUGCUCCUUUCAGAAAAGAAAACAAUGUCUCAACAUUAUCUGGACCACGACUUCAAAAAAGGAUCUGAAAAAUGGCUGCAAUGCUCUCGUUGAUCAAUUAUUGACUAGUUCGGACACCACGGUAAUUUCGUUUUAUUUAGAUAUGUGCCAUUGGAUCUUUAAAAAAGGACGACAAGACUUGAUUGAUCAUACCCAUCCUCUCUAUACGCUCUUACAUUGUCUCUCUAAGAAAAUUGCUAUUCUUCAACCAUGGAUCUCCCAACAGUUACAAGCUACUGAUUGGAAGUUACUUUAUCCAUUUUUGGUUUGGCUGAUCGAUAUUAUCAAGAUAUCAAUACUAUUGGAACAAAAUGAACAAGUGGUGGAAAAAUGGAUGGACAAUAUUCUAAACGAACAACAAGUGUCUGAUAUGGUUCCCAGGUUAUGGUAUCAUUCUCAUAUCUCAGUGGUGCGAAAAUCAAUGGAAUUGAUAUACUUCUGGAUGAAGCGACACAAGACUGUGGAUAUGACUUUAUCACUUAUUCAAUAUAUCAACAGAUGCAAAGCAAAUCUAUCACCGAUUGAAUGGUCUUCUUUUCAAGAAAGCAAUCAAACUGAUUUUUUCUACUCACCAUCCUGCAGACAGAAAGCUGACACCAAUCCUUCUCCUAUGAUUGUUGAUCGUGAAUGUAUUAGUUUGUUGAUUCAGAACAUUGUGGUUUCUCUUUCGAAUUUGAUACAACGACAAUCUGAUCAAGUAUUGGACAACGUAUUAAUCGAAUCGAUUCAACAGUGCAUGACGAAUUUUGAAGAUCCAUUAUCAUCGCAACACACUUUAUUAGAACUUGUCUUCAGCAUGUGCGGCGGCAAUGAUCGUGUACUUAUUCAACUACAACUUGAUAUCCUGGAAAUUCAUACUUAUCUGGAAAGACAACAAACAUUAUCUUGUUUGUGGACUGAUAUACUGGUACCUUUUUUGAUUCAUCUCAAUCCUCAUGUCAUGUUUAUCUAUUUUAUGUACAAAUCUGGAUUGGACUAUGAAGUAUUGAUUGACUUAUUGAUGAGCGGGGAAACGGAUAUGUUAUUAUAUAUGAUGCGUUAUCUCAAGUACGUGGAACGACAUCCUGAAGAAUUCAUUCAAGCAGCAGAUCAAGUUUUAGGAUUUCGCAAUGAUCAAUAUCAAGGACAAUAUGGUGAUAGUGAUGGGACCGACACUUGUACUCGCUUACUGAUGGAACUCUUUGAUGAUACCCGGAUUCUCCUUCAAUCUGAUUCUUUUCCUUUCAAUGCUUCUCCUUUAGCCAAUCGUAUCUCUUCGGUAUUGGAAUGUUUGAAUCAGACUCUUCUUGGUUCAAGUUAGUUAGCUAGUUGGUUUUAUUUUUUUUUAUUAUUAUUUUUUACUCUAGUAUCUUUAGUAUGAUGUAUAAUGAAUUUCACCCUUAUUAUUUAUAUCCAUAUUCUUUUGAAAUAAUAAAAAAAAAAAGUACUUUGUCCGUUACCUAUUA